GAGGUGCCUAGAUCAGUAUAAUCCUCUCUGGGACUCAUGCUGCCCACUAAAAACAUCCGGCAUUAUGGAUGCCCCUGACUAGAGAAAACAAAGUCAGGCCUACAAAGGACUUGACCCUGGCCAGAAAAAAAAUGGAUGAGUGGGACCCAGAUUCCAAUUCAAAGCUCCCUCUGCCACAAAAGAAGCGGAGUUGGUACCUUGCCUGGAAAUAUAAAAUGAGCAAUCAUAGGGCUAUACGACGAAUGUGUCAAACAGUGGCUGUUUUGUUCCUACUUGUAACCGUUAUUGUAAACAUCAAGCUUAUACUGGACACAAGAAGAGCAGUAAAUGAAGAAGAAAUUGAUCAGGACUAUGAUGAAUCUUUGCAACAAGUGGAUUCUCCACGUCGACCUGCCAGCAGUAAAAAGGUGCUGGACAUUGAAAUUUAUUCAAGCAGAUCAAAGGUUUACAUAGCUGUGGAUGGCACUACAGUACUUGAAGAUGAAGCUCGUGAGCAGGGAAGAGGAAUACAUGUGAUUGUACUGAACCAAGCAACGGGGCAUGUGAUGGCAAAGAGAGUUUUUGACACUUAUUCACCACAUGAGGAUGAGGCAAUGGUUCUCUUUCUUAACAUGGUGGCCCGGGGGCGAAUUUUGAUAUUUACUAUUAAGGAUGAAGGCUCCUUUCAUUUAAAAGAUACUGCAAAAAACCUUCUCAAGAGUCUAGGAAGCCAGAUUGCACCCUCUCUGGGAUGGAGGGACAUGUGGACUUUUGUGGUAAAGAAAGGGGGUCAGAUUUAUGGGGAGAAGCAUUCCAAAUCUCCAGCUUUGUCUACUUGGGGUGACCCAAUCCUUUUGAAGACUGAUAUUCAACUUGUCCCUCCAGAGGGUUGGUUCCAGUAGAUAAUUUUACUGAUUAUGGUUGUACCUACAGCCCUCAACAUGCUGUUAGCCCCAGAAGGGAACAAUUGAAGUUGCAUUUAAUCUAAAAAUGAAAACUCUAAUUAAGACAUGUACUGUGUUUGAUUUGAAAUUUUUAAAAUUCUUAGUAACAUUGAUUUUAUUUGAGAAAAAAAAAUAGAUAUGAACUUGCCUUGAGGUGCAGUUUUAGGUCUCAGUUAAGAAACUGUAAACUUUAGUUUGACACUUCAUGUAGAAGGGAAGAGAAAGGGCAGCAAUCUAACUAUCAGUGCCCCUAUUACACUAAGAAGUUUGGCUGGAUGUACUAUUGAAAAGCAGCCAUUUACAAAAAAAUCAAACCUAAAAAAUCUGGUACCAGUAAUGACAUCCUUAUGGUUCCUAGACAGGUGUCUUUGAUUUGAAAACAUUUUGUUCAUAGACGCAGAAUGUCAUUGGCCUGAUA